UUCGGAAGCUGCUCGGCGCGGCGGGGCUGAGGGGGGCGAGGGAGCGGCGAUGCCGCGGGGCUGGGCGCCGGCGGCGCUCUGGUGGCUCCUGUGGGGCUGCCGCUUGUGGGACGCGGCGCGGGGCUCCGAGGAUAUCGUGGUGGGCUGCGGGGGCUUCGUCAAGUCCGACGUGGAGAUCAACUAUUCCCUGAUCGAGAUUAAAUUGUACACCAAGCAUGGAACCUUGAAAUACCAAACAGACUGUGCUCCAAAUAAUGGUUACUUCAUGAUUCCUCUGUACGAUAAGGGGGAUUUUGUCCUUAAAAUUGAACCUCCCCUAGGGUGGAGUUUUGAGCCCACAAGCGUGGACAUCCACGUGGACGGCAUCAAUGACAUUUGCACUAAAGGAGGAGACAUCAACUUUGUGUUUACAGGCUUCUCCGUAAAUGGGAAGGUUCUCAGCAAAGGUCAGACACUGGGUCCUGCUGGGGUUCUUGUUGCACUGCGGAAUCCGGGUUCAGAGGCAAGCAUACAAGCCACGACCACUCAGCCGGGAGGAAAGUAUGCCUUUUUCAAAGUCCUUCCUGGGGAAUACGAAAUCUUUGCUUCCCAUCCAACCUGGAUGCUGAAAGAGGCCAGCACAACUGUAAGAGUGACCAAUUCCAAUGCUUAUGCCUCUGGCCCUCUCGUUGUCGCUGGUUACAACGUUUCAGGAUCUGUCCGGAGUGAUGGGGAGCCCAUGAAAGGGGUCAUGUUCCUCCUUUUCUCGUCAUCGGUAACCAAGGAGGACAUCAUGGGCUGCAGCACCUCUCCAGUUGACGGCUUUCCUGCCAGGGACGAUUCUCUCGCCUAUCUGUGCAAUGUCAUCUCCAAAGAGGACGGCUCGUUUACUUUUCUGUCUUUGCCGAGUGGGAAAUACACUGUGGUCCCCUUUUACCGAGGAGAGAGAAUUAUGUUUGAUGUUGCUCCAUCUAGAUUGGACUUUACAGUGGAGCAUGACAGCUUGAAAAUUGAGCCCAUUUUCCAUGUCAUGGGCUUCUCAGUCACAGGGAGGGUUUUGAACAGCCCAGAAGGGGAAGGCGUUUCAGAUGCUACUGUGACGCUGAAUAACCAAAUUAAAGUUACUACCAAGUCUGACGGCUCUUUCCGACUUGAAAACAUAACCACCGGAACGUAUACCAUUCAAGCCCAGAAAGAGCACCUCUUCUUCGAUACCAUGACGGUGAAAAUUGCCCCCAACACUCCCCAGCUGGCCGACAUCAUCACAACAGAGUUCAGUGUCUGUGGCCAGAUAUCAGUAACCCGCUUUCCUGACUCUAUCAAGCAGAUCAACAAAUACAAGGUGACGAUGUUGCCUCAAGACAAGGACAAAACCUUGAUGGUUACUACGGAAACGGACACUCGCGGUGCUUUCUGCUUCAAGGCAAAAUCGGGUGCCUAUGUCAUCCAGGUGAUCGUUCCCGAGGCAGAAGCCAGAGCUGGCCUUGCUUUGAAACCCAAGACAUUUCCUGUGACGGUUGCCUCCAAACCAGUGCUGGACGUGACUUUCUCACAGUUUCUGGCCUCCAUUUCGGGGAAAGUCACUUGUUUGGAUGCUUGUGGCGAAUUGACGGUGACACUCCAGUCUGUGAACCGGCAGGGGGAGAAGCGUAGCCUUCAACUUGCAGCAAAGUCUAACUCAGUGACUUUCUUGUUUGAAAAUGUGCUUCCUGGAAAGUAUAAAAUGAGCAUCAUCCGUGAAGACUGGUGCUGGAAGAAUAAAUCCUUGGAACUUGAGGUUCUGGAAGAAGAUGCGUCAGGGAUUGAAUUCCGCCAGACCGGUUAUAUGCUGCGCUGUUCUCUUUCCCAUGCAAUCACUUUGGAGUUUUAUCAGGAUGGAAAUGGACCUGAGAAUGUUGGCAUUUAUAACCUGUCCAAAGGGGUGAACAGAUUCUGCCUCUCCAAGCCGGGUGUGUACGAAGUCACACCCCGUUCCUGCCACCGUUUUGAGCACGAAUACUACACCUAUGAUACGUCUGCUCCGAGUAUACUGACGCUGACUGCGAUCCGUCACCACGUCCUUGGAACUAUAACAGCCGAUAAAUUGAUGGAUGUGAUGGUUACCAUAAAAUCCUCGAUCGAUAGCGAACCUGACCUAGUGCUUGGCCCCCUGAAAUCUCAGCAGGAGCUGCGUCGGGAGCAGCAGCUGGCCGAGAUCGAAGCCCGCAGGCAGGAGAGGGAGAAGAAAGGCCCGGAAGAGGAAGGAUCUGAGCCUCCAGUACAGGAAAUGGUGGAGGAACUACAAGGGCCGUUCCACUACGAGUUUUCCUAUUGGGCGAGGUCUGGGGAGAAAAUCACAGUGACACCAUCCUCAAAAGAGCUCCUUUUCUACCCGCCUUCAAUAGAAAUGGUUGUCAGUGGAGAGAGCUGCCCCGGAAAGCUGAUAGAAAUACAUGGCAAAGCAGGCUUGUUCCUGGAAGGGCAAAUCCAUCCUGAGCUGGAGGGUGUCGAGAUCGUCAUUAGCGAGAAGGGAGCGCCGUCGCCACUCAUCACGGUUUUCACAGAUGACAAAGGUUCAUACAGUGUGGGGCCUCUUCACAGUGACCUGGAAUACACUGUCACCGCUCAGAAAGAAGGCUUUGUGUUGAGUGCCGUGGAAGGGACCAUUGGGGACUUCAAAGCUUUCGCUCUUGCCGGAGUCACUUUUGAGAUUAAAUCUGAAGAUGACCAUCCCCUUACAGGAGUCCUCCUGUCCCUCAGUGGAGGCGUCUUUCGCUCAAACCUCCUGACUCAGGACAACGGAAUGCUGACUUUCCCCAACUUGAGCCCAGGGCAGUACUAUUUCAAGCCCAUGAUGAAGGAAUUCCGCUUUGAGCCCUCAUCUCAAAUGAUCGAAGUGCAGGAAGGGCAAAACCUGAAGAUCACAAUAGUUGGUUACAGGACGGCGUACAGCUGCUACGGUACUGUUUCUUCUCUAAACGGCGAACCUGAGCAAGGCAUUUCAGUGGAAGCCGUUGGGCAGGGAGAGUGUGGCGUUUAUGGAGAAGACACCGUGACAGAUGAAGAGGGCAAGUUCAGGCUGCGGGGGCUGCUGCCGGCCUGUGUGUAUCACAUCCAGCUGAAGGCUGAAGGCAACGAUCACAUCGAAAGAGCCCUUCCGCAGCACUUUGCAAUUGAGGUUGGCAGCAAUGACAUUGAGGACGUGAAUAUCAUCGCUUUCCGCCAAAUUAACCAAUUUGAUCUGAGUGGCAACGUGAUCACUUCCUCGGAGCAUCUGCCUACCUUAUGGGUGAAGCUUUACAAAAGUGAGAACCUUGACAACCCAGUCCACACCGUCUCGCUAGGCCAGUCUCUGUUCUUCCACUUUCCACCAUUGCUCCGGGACAGAGAGAAUUACGUGGUACUUUUGGACUCGACACUUUCCAGGUCCCAGUACGACUACACCUUGCCUCAAGUUUCAUUCACCACCCUUGGGUACCAUAAACACAUCACCUUGGUUUUCAGUCCUACGAGAAAGCUGCCUGAGCAGGAUAUUGCACAAGGAUCUUAUAUCGCCCUGCCAUUAACGCUGCUGCUCCUGUUAGCUGGUUACAACCAUGAUAAGCUGAUCCCCCUGCUGCUCCAGCUAACCAGCCGUCUCCAAGGGGUGCGGACGCUGGGGCAGGCAGGUUCUGACGCAGGGAGCCUUGAGGACAUGAAGAGGCAAGCCAAGAAGCAGAAGAUGAGGCGGACAUGAGGCAAAAAGAGCUCCUGUCAUGCUAGAGUCCUGGCGUUUUUGACCAGCAUAGCUCCUAAACAGGACUGAAUCCUGGGACCUGAGGAAGGCAUUUGUUUACAUUAGGGAUCCAUCCCAGAUGGAAUAUCACAGUUGCUUUUUUAAAAAGCAGCAACGAUGAACCAACAGGAUUUUGAUAUGGAGAACAUCAUCCUCACUGGAGGCAGUUGUGGGGGAACUUAUUGGAGAUAACACCUUAUUAUAUUUUUCCUCGGUUUUACCAGAAUGGCAGCCAAUAAAACCUGAUUUCGCCUCCCAGGCUGUUCAA